AUGGCAAUUGACUCAAAUAAAGCUUACAAAGGUAAGAAACAUGACGAUAAGUUGCAGAGCUAUUACACUCGUUUUGCGGUGGCGCCAUCAUGGUCGCCGAGAAGAAGGAGGACUCGCGAGGAAGGGAGGGACGCGGUCAGUCUCAUCGUCAUCAGGUCCGUCUUUGCCGACGGAGACCCCGUCGCUGAGCUGCUGUGCCGCCGCUGCACCGUUGGGUUUCCGGGAAGAGGAGCUCGAGCGGGAGAGAGAGAACGAGAGAGAGUUCGUAGAAAGAGAAACAUCACAUCACCAUACACGAACAGAGGGGGGAGGAGGAACUCACCGGAGGAGAAGGAGACUCGUCGCCGUGCCUCUAGUCGCCAGAAACGGCGGUACCGUCGCCGGAAAACACGCUGGAGCUUCCAAACUCACCGGCAACACUACCUUGUCACUGUUCUGAAUUUUAUCUGCCUUUGUCUCUGUAUUCGAUUUGAAAUGACUGCCUGGUGGUGUGGUCAUUGUGGCUGUCGUGAGACGCACUCUAGGUUUGGUCUCUUCGGUCCGUUAAGACCAUGCUGGAACUCUUUUUUUCCUGAGCGCCAGUCGUGGCUCAUUUUGGGCUGUGACAAUUUCUUUGCCCAUGUUCUCUAUCAAAUCAUGCAUUGUCACACUGAGAUCAUACAAAUUGAUCUUUAUGAGAGAUUUUUCAAAAAGCACUCCAAUAUGAUAUUUCAUGCAACUCCCAUAAUGAGCUUGAGGAACAAAUAUUUGACUAUGUGAGACUUUCUAUUCAAGAGCAACGGUCUGCAAUGAGUACUUAUUCUUUGUCGAAUUCCUAGAAGUGUAUGCUCCAUAUGUCACAGAGAAGAAGAUCACGGUAAAACACCCAUAGUAAAAAGAAGACAACCGCAGAGGGUGGCAAAAAAACAAACCAAAUCUAACAAGGAAACUGAACAAGUAAAAGACAGCGCUGC